UUUCUGGGCUGUGCUUGCAUGCAGGCUGGAUUGUUUGACUGUAUCCGAUUUCUUGGUGCGGUCAUUCCCCUUUAAGCCUCCGCACGGUCCUUGAAGAGCCAGCCUAUUGUCUGAGAGUCCUCCCAUCUGUGGGGGUGGCUCUGCAAAAGUUUGCCGAUGGGGGAAAAAAAAAAGAAAAAGUUUUCAAGCUGUCACUGGUCGUCGGGAGGAGACUGAUGGAGGACAGGAGAAAGACCAAGGACCCCUCAAAAAAGUGCCAAAGCCGACUUUACAAAAGUUACAGAGUUGGAGUCGGAAUGCACCUAAAACAAGCAGCGGACGCAAACGAUGAUCAGGCCUAUGUUGGAGAUCUUUAUUAGGACUGUGGCGGCCGAAGCGCAUGGUCCAAGUGACACCGAACGCGCAUCCAAAUCGUCCCCGUCCUGACAAAAUGAACCGUUCGGAGUGGGGGCUCCACGCUGCUGGACAAAGAGCGUCUCUCAUUCAAGUCCUCGUCGCGCUUCUGUUGGUGCUGGAGAUCUGCAAAGCUCUCGGAUCCCCUCACGAACCAGAGGGAUUUCUGCAUGACCUGCCUCCGUAUGAAGUGGUUCACCCCACCAGAGUCGAUGCCAGAGGCCACUUCCUGUCAAACAUCCUGUCUCACCAUGCCCGCCGCGUGCAGCGCCGGGAAACCUCCGAGGAGAGAACCGACAGCGAUCGAGUCUUCUACCAGUUUUUGCUCGGCGGCCACAGCUUGCACUUGAACCUGACCCUUAACCCAAACCUGCUGGCUCCGGGGUUCACCACAGAGAGGAGGUACGGUGGCCUGGAAGGGGCCAAGAUCCAUCGGCCCGGAGUCCCCAGGUGUCAUUAUCUAGGCGAGGUGUGGGACAGGACCUCCGUUAAGGGGAGUGCUGCGAUAAGCACAUGCAAUGGACUGACGGGGCUGUUUAAGUUGUCUGAGGAGGAGUUUUUCAUUCAGCCUCUGGAGACAUCCAGCGCUGAGACCUCAGCACCUCAGGCCCACGCCAUCUACAAACGCCACGCGUCUCCUCCGGUCCACCGUCCAGUCGUCCAGCCCAUCUCAGGGAAACCGGGUCUCAACGGCACCUGUGGAAACCAAAAUAUCCUCCAGAGUUUUGAGGACAUCGAGAGGCAGCGGGAGCGGUGGGAACGACGCCAUCACAAGCGGAGGCGCAGAAUUCAUCAGCGCUCUGUAAGCAGAGAAAAGUGGGUGGAGACUUUAGUGGUGGCGGACCCCAAAAUGGUGGACCAUCACGGGAGCAAAGCUGUGGAGGACUAUGUCCUCGCUGUCAUGAACAUUGUGGCAGGUCUCUUCAGAGAUGCGAGUAUUGGGAAUGCAGUCAACGUUGUUGUUGUUCGUCUCAUCCUUCUGGAGCAGGAUGAGGAUGACCUAAAGAUUACACACCAUGCCGACAACAGCUUGAACAGCUUCUGUAAGUGGCAGAAGAAACUCAACAUGAAAGGAGACGAACACCCGCUGCACCAUGACGUAGCUGUUCUGCUCACCAGGAAGGACAUAUGUGCAGCCAUCAACAUGCCAUGUGAGACUCUGGGACUGUCUCAUGUGGGGGGAAUGUGUCAGCCUCAUCGCAGCUGCAGCAUUAGCGAAGACACGGGCCUCCCCAUGGCCUUCACUGUGGCACACGAGCUGGGACACAACUUUGGGAUUCAGCAUGAUGGCAACGGUAAUGACUGUGAACCCAUUGGGAAACGACCUUUCGUCAUGUCUCCACAGCUCCUGUACGGCACCUUCCUGCCCCGGUGGUCCCGCUGCAGCCGUCAGUAUAUCACCCGCUUCCUAGAUCACGGCUGGGGUUGGUGUCUUGACGAUGCCCCGGUGAAGGACGGGCUGUCUCUGACCUUGAUGCUUCCUGGAGAGCUGUACAGCGCGGCCCAUCAGUGUCGCCUGCAGUACGGAUCCGGGUCUCGGCUCUGCGAUGACGUGGAUGAUGUGUGCAGCACUCUGUGGUGCACCGUCGGAACGACCUGCCACUCAAAGCUGGAUGGCGCCGUGGAUGGAACAAGCUGCGGGGAGGACAAGUGGUGCAUCAAUGGGGAGUGCGUGCCGUCAGGCCUCAGGCCGGAGAGUGUUCACGGCGGCUGGGCUUCGUGGAGCGAGUGGUCGGCUUGUUCCAGGACGUGUGGAGCUGGUGUCCAGAGUGCAGAGAGAGACUGUGACAAUCCUGUUCCAAAGCACAGAGGAAACUACUGUCUGGGAGAGCGGCGGCGGUACAGGCUGUGUAACACCACACCGUGUCAAGCUGAUUGGCCUUCCUUCAGAAAUAUUCAGUGUACUCACUUCAACACGUUGCCCUACAAGGGCAAGUUCUACAAGUGGGAGGCAGUUACCAACAAAGUUAACCCCUGUGAACUUCACUGCCGGCCCUUCAAUGAAAACUUCUCAGAGAAAAUGCGAGACGCCGUCGCUGAUGGGACUCCGUGUUACGAAGGCAACAAAAGUAGAGACAUGUGCAUCAAUGGCGUUUGUCAGAGCAUCGGCUGCGAUUAUGUGAUUAACUCCAGCUCUGUCGAGGAUCGCUGCGGCGUCUGCAACGGCAACGGCUCCACCUGCACAACCGUCAGGAGAACAUUUGAAGAGAGGGAAGGUUUUGGCUAUGUAGACAUUGGACUGAUCCCGGAGGGAGCCUGGGACAUCCUAAUCGAAGAGGUCACUGAAGCUGGAAACUUCCUGGCGCUACGGAGUGACAUCCCCAACAAGUAUUUUCUGAAUGGAGGCUGGACGAUCCAGUGGAACGGGGAAUACAAGGCGGCGGGAGCCGUGUUCACCUACGAGAGGACGGGGCAGCUGGAGAACCUGACGUCUCCUGGGCCCACGAUGGAGCCGCUGUGGAUCCAGCUUCUGUUCCAGGAGACCAAUCCUGGAGUGCGAUAUGAGUACACAGUCAGUCAAAGUGUUUCAGAGGAUGGCGACAGUCCCGGGCGUGUUUACUUCUGGAAAUACGGAUCGUGGACUGAGUGCAGUGUUACCUGUGGAAGAGGUGUGCAGAGGCAGAUUGUUUUCUGUGUGGAAAAGACGACCGGGAUAGCUGAGGAGCAUCUCUGUGACCCCUCCAUUCGGCUUGAUGGCAACCAAACCAGCUGUCGCAGAGAUCCGUGCCCGGCCAUAUGGUGGGUUGGAGAUUGGCAUAAGUGCUCAGCAAGCUGUGGUAGCCUGGGCCAGGCUAAAAGGACGGUUCUCUGUGUUCAAGCUGUCAGUGCGGAGGAGCAGGAAGCUCUGGAUCCCAGUGACUGCAAGCACAUCCCCAAACCUGAGUCCACGUCCGCCUGCAACACACACAUCCCCUGCCCUGCUGACUGGAAUGCUGGCAGCUGGUCAAAGUGCUCGGUCUCCUGUGGUCCUGGACUGCGCCACCGCAAUGUCACCUGCUCAAGAAACACCGCGGCUGAUUGUGAUCCUCUAAACAAACCGUCAUCUGUCACGGGCUGCCAGGUUCAGGACUGUCUCCAGGUUUUGGGUAAUUUUGGAGACAUCGAAUGGUCCGGCAGUGGCUGGUCGAGCAAAGAAGUGCUGAAUGAAAUAAAUACCAUACCUGAAGCCAAGCCUCCCCCAAAGUUCAGCAUCACCAAAGGUCAGCCGAGGAGUCAGAACGACCAUAAGUAUGCGGUUGAGGAUGAUUUUCACUACCACAACAACAUUGAGAAUAACCGCUUCAUUGACGACAACGAGCCCUCUCAUGAAACCAGUGUUCACAUUGAUGAUUUUUACUACGAUUACAACUUUAUCAACUUUCAUGAAGACUUAUCGAAUGAACUUGGGCGCUUCGGGGAGGAGCAGGAGGACAACUCUCCACAGGAAGCCAAGCCAACCCACAGCAUGACAGCAAAUGCCUGGACAGAGAUUCCACAAGCUCCCACCGCUACUUCUCCAGCUGUGACAAUCACAGAGCUCCACCUCUUGCAAAGUCAAGAGCCACAAAGCACAAAAACAGAUGACACACAGGCGAAGUCUGAGGAGGUAAAUCAAGAUGAAAUAAAUGACUUCCUUUACGAAGAUCACUUCCUUCCUGUGUCUGCCACCCGACCGUCGCCGCCUUCCAAGAACUCGCAUACACGAGCGGGAAAAAAAGGCAAAAGUCUGUGGCCUGGAGGCGCCAGCACAAUGCAGAGUCUGGUUUUCAGCACAAAGCAACCUGCGGAGGAUGAAACAUGGGGUCAAUCUGGAGAGGAGGUGGAAAAUAACGGCACCGCUUUCAGUGAAGAGGAAAAUCACUUAAACCGUCUCGCCGUGAGUCCAACACACAGCGCUCCUGCUGCCAGACAUCAAACCACUGCUGUUGCUACAAAAUCGAACGCUCGAGAGGAGGCCGAGUUCUACAUCUCUGCAGAUAAAAACGCAGGGAGUUCAGAACCUUUAGGCUUUCCGUUGCCAGAGAAGGCAACUCAUGCUGUGACUGAACUAGACAGUAAUGUAUCAGAAAUACCUCAAACAGCCAGUCAGGACACAGCUACACCAGAUGCUUUCACAAUAAAGGACUGGAUGCUGAAUCAGAAUAAUGUUGCCACGAGUGAUGAUGGCUGGUGGGACCAGCUGGGCACACGGUCACCUCUUCCCUCUCAUGAACCCUUUCCUCCUGCCAUUCCUCUCCUUCUAAUCUCAGGUACACAAAGCACAUCUGACGACUCCAUAUCUGUAACUGAAACAGAAGUCAGGUCGGAUAAAAAUCUUCAGGGAGCUACAAAUAUUCCUCCAGAUGUAAAACAGAUACCUCUACACUCCGAGACAACUGGAACAGACCCCACAUUCCAGCCUCCUUCGUUUCGUUUUUCCGAUUUUGACCACAAUGAAAUAUCCGUUCCCUCAGUGACGCAGGGCCACGGCAACAGUCACCCUGACCCUUCAUACCGGUCGAUGAUCACAUCGGCCGUUCCUAAAUUCAGCUCAGCUCCUCCCCAGCGCACAAAAUCGACUAUGCCCAGAUCUCUGCCAACCCAUCCGCCGGGCCUGUGGCUGCAUCCAGUCCAAAUGUCAGACAGCGGGCCCGCCUUCUGGGUUACUGGUAACUGGAGCACCUGCUCCACCAGCUGUGGUCUGGGUGCCGUCUGGAGGACCUUGGUUUGCAGUACGGGCUCAGAAUCUGACUGCGAUCAGACCAAGAGGCCUGCGCCUGCCCGACAGUGCUACCUGAGGCCGUGCUCCACGUGGAAGGUCGGGGAGUGGAGUAGGUGCACCAAGAACUGUGAAGGUGGAAUGAGAUUCAGAGAGGUCCAGUGUUUUGACCUGAGAAACCAACGACCUCUUCGACCUUUCCACUGCCGGGCCAUGUUCGCCAGGCCGUUAACACAAAUGCCCUGCAACGUUCAGACAUGCCUGGACUGGUACACUUCCUCCUGGGGCCAGUGCUCUGAGGUGUGUGGAGGCGGUGAGCAGCAGCGCAUCGUCACCUGUCCAGAGGAUGAUCGAUGCGACCAAGACCUUCAGCCAAGCGCCAUUCAGUCCUGCAACAGCCAGCCUUGUGCUCAGUGGCUCACUGGGUCGUGGGGACAGUGUUCAGCUUCUUGUGGAGGAGGACUGCAGCAUCGGCUCAUCAAAUGCGUCGACACCAGGACCGAGGCUUCAGAGGAGGUGGAUCAGGUUCAGUGUGACCACAAGCUUAAGCCUAGCGACACCAAAAAGUGCAACGUCGGGGACUGCAAGAGUGAUCCCUCUGGAGCGGUUUGCCUUCGCGACCGUCUGGCAUCUCGCAUCUGUCACACUCUGCGCUCGCUCAGUCACUGCCACCAGUCAAGCAUGCAGGCACGCUGCUGCAAGACGUGCAGUCGGGACUCCGGCAUGCCUCUCCGCUAAGGUGCCACUCUCCUCGCGUUGCUUCAACCACGAGGUAAUAAACCACGGGCCUUUACAGGGAGCCAACCAUCGGGACCUCUGCUCACGCUUAACAAUCAAGUCACUGACAGACGACAGAGUUCACUUGGAGCUGGUGUGAAGGACGGAACUGCAACAAACAAAGAGCUUAAACAUUCGUUUGCACUUUGUGCGUCCCGCAUUUUGACGACGUCUGUCGUUUUACAGAAGAUGAGAUUUUUUUUCGUUCUACCCAGUGGCAAUGCAUUAACACAUUUAGACAAACCGCUAAUCUUUUCUGUUGUAAUGCUUGUUUUUAUUUUUGAUGACUGCAGCGGAGUCUUAAAAUAUGCAGCUCAGAAGCUUUUAAUAUGUGGUUCCUGUGUUGGGAAGCAAAACAUAUGAUGCAUAGCUGAUAAUUUAUCAUUUCAUUGAGUCCUAUGCUUUUAGCCCACUGCAUUUCUGUUAAGCACUAAUCUUUUGCAUUACGGGUCUCAAACUGUACCUGCUCGACUAAGGGUUUUUUUAAAAAAGGGAGCCAUGUGUCAGGUCAAAAAUGUGAGGUCUUUCAGAAGGUUUCCAAAGAUUGCUAUGUAUUGCUAAAAUCGUUUUCAAAUGUUUUGCUGUAUGACUUAAAGUGCGGAUACAUAGUACCUGAGUGAAACUGUGUUAUUGCCUGUAUCAAGCAUGUCCUACCUGCUAAAGCUUAAGUGUAAAGCCUGGUUCACACAGCGACAAGUUAAAAUUUACAACUCUGUUUUCAAAACCUCAGAGUCCCCAAAAGACAUUGAAAAAUCACAGCUAUAUCAAGUUUGAUUAUACAGUGUGUGGCGUUCUGAAAUUUUACUCAUGGAAUCUCUCAAAACGAUUUAAAGUUGUUUUGAGAGAGCCAAUCGCGAUCAAACUUGAGUUCAGAGUAAACAAACAUGGCCGACCAGGAAGAAUUAACAGUGUUUUGUGUUCAUAAAAACACGGUAGACGUCCAUGGCACUUUCUAGUGUGCCGUGGCAGAGGUCUGGCUUUCUGUAUUUUGAAUUAUCCUCCAUCUUGGAUUGCCUUAUUAGUCCAAGAUGGAGGAUUAACAACUUUUCAAUAAAGGCAUCUUGGUAGGUUUUGUUCAAUCGCUACAAAACCUACCAGUCGGAAUUAAAACCUGGUUUUCUGGUUUGUAAUAAAUCAGAGGAUUAUCUUCAGAGCCAUCAUAAUAUUUGGAAUAUCCAUAAGAUUGACAGAAGGGAGAAGUCAGGUCAAAAAUUGGCAUAAUUAUCUUAACGUGUGAACCCCUGAAUUCACAAUGUAUUCAUGUGUCAGGCUGAAGUUUUUAAUCAGAUCAGCAAAUUCUGUCUAGACAUGAAUCGAGUUACAGCCAAAGUUCAACACUCAAAAGGCGUGCUUCCACUUCCAGAACCUUUUGCAGAAACCAGGGAUUUUUUUUCUGCUGUCUAAGGCUUUCCAGGUUGGCAGAGACUAAUUCAGUUUUACAAUUAAACACUGCGAAAUGGUCACAAGGCUGAUGUCCAGAAAACCAGGUUUUAAUUCCGACUGGUAGGUUUUGUAGCAAUAGAACAAAACCUACCAAGAUACCUUUAUUGAAAAGUUCUAACGAGAGCCAAUUUUAAAGUUUGUAGUAACUUUACAUGAGCUGCAAAGCAUAGCUGUUGUGUCAGAAUCAUUGGUUACAGGUUUUAUUGCCUAAAAUCACGGUUUUUACUUUUACAACAGAAGUUUCUCAAUCAUUGAGCGAGAGUUUGCUAGAAACACUCGCAGUGUGAGUCGGUGCUUCUUAUCUUCAGCAGACCUGGUUUGGAGCCGACAGGGGAAAAAUCACCAGAUAUUUAUAGUCUGGAUAAGAAAUAAAAAAAUGUUCUGGGCUUAUAGUCAUCAUGUGUUGAUCAACCAGCUGGAAUCCACUAAUGAAGAGGUUUUUUUUGUUUUGUUUUUGUUUUUUGUACCACAGUUAAAAACACUCUUGUAUUUUCAUGCUUGCACUCAUUCAGAAACAAAACAUUUCAUGGUCUCGGUAAAACGGCCGUGACUGAUUUAUCCUUACGUGACUCUUGGUGCACAGCUCCGCAGUCUGAAUGACCCGGCGUCACCUGAACAUAACAGAACCUCCAAACAGCUUCAUGUGAAAAUCUGACGCCUUUGGAAAGCUUCAAUAGAGGCUAAGCAGUUUGCCCUGACACAUUGAGUUUUAUGUGGCUUGUUAAUUAACAGAACCUCCACCAAAGCGUCGGUGAGCGCCAUUAAAAAUCUAAUUUCCAGCUA